AUGGAACUAAUAUAUGAUAGUUUUGCCCAGUAUCUGGUAACAGAGAAGGGUUAUGAUGAAGACCUACUGACUCUAGCUCCAGACAGCUUAGAUUUCUGUUGCAAAGGAUUGUUGUUGGACAUUGAAGAAGGAAACUUUCUGAAACUUGCAGAAGAUGGAACAGUUUUGAGGGCAAGCCAUGGUACAAAGAGCAUGACAUCCGAAGAGCUUCUGGAGACAUUUGGAAGGAGGGAGUGGAAACAUUUUAAUACGAUCAGUGGAAUGGUUUCCCGCUCAGCUCAGUACUAUUUGUAUGAUAAUUAUUUUGACCUGCCAGGAGCUCUCCUGUGUGCAAGGGUUGUGGACAGCUUAGAUCAGCAUGAUGGUCAGAAAAAAUAUGACUUCUGGAAGGACAUGGUGGCUGCUAUCCAGCAUAAUUAUAAAAUAACAGCUUUUAAAGGUUCCUCUGUGAAAUUAGAAUAAUGGUACUAAUCUUCUGUCACAAGUUUGUGCCAAAGAGGUUUUGGUUGUUUUGGUUUUUUUUUUACCUCGGUUGCAAGCUUAAUA